AUGUUUUACCACUUGUCGCUUGAACACGAUAUUUUGUUGCAUCCUCAUUAUUUCGGUCCUCAAUUGCUGGAAACCGUUAAACAAAAGUUAUUUACGGAGGUGGAGGGCAGCUGCAGCGGAAAGUACGGGUUCGUGAUUGCCGUGACCAGUAUUGACAACAUCGGUUCAGGGUUAAUUCAACCCGGGCGCGGGUUCGCCUUGUUUCCGGUGAAAUACAAGGCAAUUGUGUUUCGACCUUUCAAGGGCGAGGUGAUCGACGCCAUCGUGAGUCAGGUGAACAGAGUUGGAAUGUUCUGCGAGGUUGGGCCGCUGUCGCUGUUCAUCAGUAAGCACUGCAUACCGGCGGAUAUGGAUUUCGACCCAAACAGCUCCCCUCCUUGUUUCCGCAACAGUGACGACACGAUGUUGAUCAAGGAGCGCGAUGUGGUUCGCUUAAAGAUAAUUGGAACGCGUGUGGACGCUACCGACAUAUUCGCGAUCGGUACACUGAUGGAUGAUUUCCUGGGUCUCGUUUCUUCGCAGUAA